AAAAGCAGCCAGUCAGCGGACAUCCUCUUAGAUACCGACCACACGACGACUGUAUACUUAGAAUACCCCGUUUCCGGUUACAAACCAUUCCCUUGAUACAUCUGUCCGACUUAAUUUUUCCCCCAUCACACAACCAAACCAAGGAACUCGACGACGAAAUGCAUUUACGUGAAAGCAUCGGAUGACAUGCCAUUGACGGAACGAAGAUCAUGCAAGGAAAAGGAUUGCAAAUGCGUGAUAUGCCGUGAACUGACCAACUACAGGAUGCCUGGUAACCUAGAGGCUCCACCUCGUCGCGAGGGCGUCAACUUCAUCCUGCGUCGCGCCCUGCCUUUUACUAGUAAAUCACCGUCUAAAGAAUGGUUAAAUAUAGGUAAUGAUAUACCCAAUUCUGGUAACCCUAAAGAUGGUACCACGAUAGAAGGAAUUAAUCACAGGGAAGAAAUGGAGGGUACGAUGAUACCGGUAACCAGCUGUAACAUUAAAAAGAGUGACAAGGAUGUAGCUCAUAAGACUGUGAUCUAUUUCGGUGACACGAAUCAGAGACCAAAUCACAGGUUCAACGGUAAAGAAUCUUCAGCUCAAUUAACGAACAAAGACGAGUUAAAAAUAAUGGAGUCGAAGAAGGAAGAGCAAGUUGCUGAUAGUCUAGAGAAUGAAAGGUGUGGUGGAAAGGGGCAAAACGAAAGGCAACGGUCCACGGUGAGUCUGGUAGAGGAAGAGGACGUCAAGGUCACGCACGAAAUCGUGGUGAACGUCAGCCCUAGUAGGGAGGACGUGCUGAAGAUCGAGGAGGACGAAAGCCAGGUCGAGGAUUAUUGGUCCUUGCCGGGGGACAACACCGGGUUCAAGGCAGACUGGAGCUUCGUUCAACAGUGGCGCCUGAGGGGACCGGCCGGUGGCAGUGGACGGGAAUUGUAUUGUCCUCCAUACUCGAAGGACUUCACGGAAAGUUCUCCGAAAAACGGUGUUCAUAAUAUGGUACACAUGGUGGCGGAAAGGGACACGGACAGCGUUGCUCCAACGCCAACGCCUCAACAUCCCCAUCACUCUCAACACUACCAUCUUAGUUUACAUGAAAUUCGCGCGCUUCAGAGGCGACCAGAAUGUACCGGUAAUAGUUCAUCAGAUGAAAAUCGAUCGUCAGGACAUGCAAGCAUGUCGGACACAGGUGGCCACACGAGUAGCAGUUCACCACCGCAUCGUCAUCAUAGGGCACACAGUCCACAGCAGCUGAACUCUGUGCCAGAAGACGAUCGUUUAUCGGCCUCGGUUACUCAGAGAAAUGGCAGGAAUAGAUCUGGACAGAAUCGUAACAGACACAGAGCUACACCCGCUAAGUUACAGGUCCCAUGGUCAGGUUCUGGCUUAGAAGAUAUCAAACUAGCAAUUCAACAGCUUACUAUGCGUUCCCAUAAAUCGUCUUCCACCUACUCCUCCUUGAGCGGAUCCGAGAGUUCAGAACCAGCUGUAAGGAGACUGAUGAGGCACUCCAGCUUAGAAACCAUAAAUACCAACGUAACCAGUGCUGACGAGUUCGUCUGGGUAGACUCUCAUAAUCGGCUGGUAGAGUUACAGCAAUUACCAUGGACGCACCACGACGUCCUUCGCGUGUUGCAAAAUGGUCGCACUAGAGAACACAUGGAGCAAGUCUCUAUGGAAACGAUACCGCGUCUCUCUUACCUGCUGCAACGGGCGCUGGUUAGAAUUGGUCGAGAAACUCAGAGACUGGCUAAACCUGUUGGUCUAUGCAGUAAACACGAGGUAUACAGCGCAUUCAAAAUCGUGCUUUGUCCGGCCUUGGCAGAUUCUUGUACCAAGGCGUGCUUGCGUGCUGCAGCGAUGUUCGCCGUAUCUGGCGAUCAGUUAAAGCAAUCGAAAGCAUCUCGAUCCGGGCUACAACUACCAGUGGGAAGAUUUCUUCGUUGGAUGUCUGAUGUACGACUAGGAAGAAUGAUACACGAGUAUGCAGCCAUAUAUUUGACCGCUGGAAUCGAAAAUCUGUUGGAAGAAAUACUACUACAAUGUAUACCGACUGAUCCCCAUACAACAUUGACUGCAACCAUGUUGGAACAUGCUAUUGCAAACAGUGGAGAUUUAUGGGGUCUUUUGCAACCGUACGCGCAUCUAAAUGCUGGUCGAACGGCAUCAGGUGCACUUGCCAUGCCACGUUGGGCUAGUAUCAGUUCUCUAAAUUCUUCCUCAUCAUCUCGCAGCGGAAGAGAUGCAGCGGGAUCUGCGUUAGAACCGUCGCUUUUAACCACCUGCGUAGGAUCAAUGUCAGAAUUGGUAGAUUUAAUAUCGAAAGUAGCUCAAGCAGGACGUUCACCUAUACCUUUAACAACCAAGGCAUUAAAUGCUCUCUUUUAUUACAUGAGGUGUUCGCAGUUGGAACACGGUGAACGAGGUUCCGGAAUACAAGAACUCGCAUACGAACGAGCAUACGUCGUACUUCCGCCACUGGUCGAAUGGCUAAGAGUUGCGACCGCCCAUGCAGAACACAGGCACGGUCUAGUUGUGGAUCAAGAUGACAUUAAUCAAGCUGCCAGAUUGCUAUUGCCCGGAGUAGAUUGUCCUGUUAGACCGAUAUGCUUCGAGGAAGUUUCAGUCUGCUCGAAGCGCAUUGACGAUUCUGACUACGUCCGGCUUUUAACUAUGGAUAUGGCCUUCAAGAUGCUAACAAGCGGUCGUGCAGAUUUAAUAGCUCAGGCCAUGCCUCUUUUACCGUCGACAAAGAUCAACACUGUGAAUGAUAAUGGCUUCACUGCUUUAAUGAUAGCGUGUAUAAACAGUGAUGAAACCGCUGUUCUAGCAUUGUUAGAUGCUGGCGCUGAUUUAAACAUCGAAAGUCCACCUCCACCCACUGGACAAUCAGCGAACACACCUUCCAAGACUCCAACAGCUCUAAAUGUAUCAAAUGCUAGAAGUCCAAUGACGUCAUCUGCUGUAAUGACUCCAGGAAAGAAUGUGCAGUCUUCAAAUUCGUCUUCCAGUUCACCUAGCGCCUCUAGUAACGUUUCUAAUAGUACAUUCUGUAAUCAGUCUGGAUUCAAUGCAGAAACGCAACAUUGGACUGCUUUAACCUACACGGCGUUGUUAGGACAUUGUAAUAUUGCUAGAAUAUUGUUGGAGAGGGGUGCAGCUGUUGAAGGUGGAGCUAAAUUGAGCGAAGAUAAAUCUACGGUUACACCAUUGCAAGCGGCUACAGCAUCUGGCAAUUAUGAGAUGGUUGCACUUCUUUUGGCUCAUGGAGCUCAGCCGUUUUUAUCUACUUUGAUAAAAGAUUCAUUUUCGUACUCUGGUUCUGCUCAGCGGGGCUGUUAUAGUGCAAUAUCAGUAGCAACAGCUCAUGGUCAAAGGAGUUGUCUUCAUCAACUGUUGUCUCACCCAUUAAACUUCUCUGCCAAACGAGGAGAAAAAGAAGUAUUGUCAUUAGAAGAAAUUUUGGCAGAAGGUAGUGCCGGUACUAGUCCUCAACAACAAACUGUAGAUGGAAGAGGAAAUAGAAGAGAAGGCAAAGAGCCAGUCUUUAAUAAAGUUCAAACUAAAGCUUUACAAGAAGCAAUGUACCAUAGUGCUGAAAGCAACCACUUAGAUAUCACGAUGGAACUUCGUGGAUUAAAAGUGGGUUGGACGUUACAUUGCUGGAUGCAUAGUCUUGCAACAGCUCACGAAAUAAGAUUAGAUUCGGUAAUAGAUCAAUUACUUCAAGAUUUUCUUCAAGUUUGCCCAGAUGACUAUUCGACACAAUUCGUACAAGAAUGUCUCCCAUUGUUGUUUAACAUUUUUAGAUAUAGUAAAAAAGAAGGAACGACGCUUCUCCUCGCGGAUAUUUUCUGUACGUGCUUUGGAUGGGAACCAAUAAAACCUAUUCGAGAUACAACACUUUCUAGUGGAUCCAGAAUAGAUCCUAAGUUUGUAAAUAAUCCAGAAUUAAGCGAUGUACAAUUCAGAGUGGAGGGCAGAGUCUUCUAUGGCCAUAAAAUCGUUUUGGUCACAUCGUCACCGAGAUUUAGGAAUAUGUUAAGUUCAAAACUGUGCGAGGGAAAUCCUCCUAUUGUACAAAUUAACGAUAUUCGAUACCACAUUUUCCAGAUGGUUAUGGAAUUUCUAUACCACGGUGGUUGUGCUACGUUAGAAGUUAAUCAAAGUGAUGUUCUGGAGUUAAUGGCAGCCGCGAACUUUUUCCAGUUGGAUGGAUUACUUAGGUAUUGCGAGGCACAAUGUUCUUCUAUGGUUGAUCUCGACAAUAUCGUUUCUAUGUAUAUUCACGCAAAGGUUUACAACGCCACGCAACUUUUAGAAUAUUGUCAAGGUUUUUUACUACAAAAUAUGGUCGCUUUAUUAACUUACGAUGACUCAGUUAAACGUUUAUUGUUCGCUAAGAAACUGCCUAAUCACGAUGUUCUCGCAGGCCUUCUUCUUACUUUACAAGCAAGAAUAAAAGCUAGACGAUCUCAGCAACAAAAUAAGAUAAAAGCUUAGAAAUACGUUAAACAUCAUGCACGGUAUUUAUAUUAACAUCGUCAUUAUCAUUUUGCUUUCGCUAUCGUCACUUGUAGUGAUAAACAUAUCCACGUAUGUUUAAAUGACAUCAUUUAUGAAAAAAGACCCGUAAGCGAACUAAGACUGAGUUUUUCAUGAUUUAUUUUUAACUUUUUUCUAUCGGUUAUUCAAAUAUAAAUUAUCAGCAAUACUUAUUAAUUUAAUAUUAAUAUCUUAGCAUUUCAUUCAAGAUACUAAUGAACCAUAAAACUUACGUUUCUGUUAUGCAUUUGUUUUAUUCUUGUAUAGUAUUUCUAGUUUAAGUAUUUUUUGUAAACUACGUGCUAUAAAUGUACAUUAGAUACUAUUCGAACUAUAUAAAUUACUGUUAUAAAUGAAUCCCAUGUGUACCUACUAUAAUUAAAGUAUUAAUUUUUUUUAAAUUAAUUUGUUCAUCACAAAUUUUUGAAUCAUGUAAAUAUAAAAAUAAUUAUAAUAGAGUAUAGACGGUGGUAUAUGCUGUAAGCUUUCAGUGACAGCAAGCUAUUAAUAUAUAUAACAAAUGAAUAUAUGUAUUUUGUAUAUAAAACAGGCUGGACAGUUUAAACGCGAUAAAGAAAUGAUAAAGCGGAAUAUUCAAAUGUUAUCUCUUGUAUUGAUAAUACAACAUAAUUUGUACAUCUCGGUUGCAAUAAAUUAUAAAUAUUGUGAUAAUGAAAACAUUAAA